AAAGUUGAGGUGAACCUAAACAAGAGUGAAGAUCAUGUCUGAAGAACCACUAAGUAUUGUAUUGCUCCGCUGUGCAUCAAGAAACUUUAACACAAGUGCAAUAAAAAUGGUCUUGCAGGGAUUUUCUCUAGGGCGCGGAGACAAGCUUACACUUCUUGUAAUUCUUGGCCAUGUUAACAGUCCCUGCUUCAUUGCACCUUCCAGAUUGCGUGGAUUAUUUGAGACCGAUCACAAAAUUCUUGAGGAAGAGGUUGCGAAGAAGAAAGAAAAGUUCCAUAAUAAUGCAAGAAUCAGGGAAAUCUUUGAGCGAUGUGAAGCAGACAAGAUCCAGUUCCGGAUAGAAGUGCUUCAAGGAAAUGUACCUGAGGUUGCUGUAAAUGCUGCCAUUCGUUUAGAGGCAACAUCAGUGAUACUUGAUAGACCGAUGAAGAAAUAUAAGAAGGAUUUCGAGCAGAACCUCUCUUGUGCUUUGCUAAUAAUGAAACGUGACAACUCUAUGCAACAUUUGAGAGGGCCAAGGGAAACAAAUCUGUGUGGUAGUUGUGUAAGAUAUGAGGAGGACUAUGCAUGUCAGUGGCACGCUACAGAUCGAGUGGGUGAAUGUCACCAAACAUCAGGUUGCGGUUAGAAUGUGUGGAGGAAUCCUUACAACACCUCCAAACAUUUUCACAUACUUCAUGGUUUUGAGACGGUUUAGUUGUUUUCUGGGGUUGUUCAACGUUACGUGAGUGUUCUCUGCUAUGUUUUUAAAUUGUACGUAGUUAGGAUUUCAUGGUGAUCCUUGUCAUUAUGGGGAAAAUGUGGUUGAUAGAGAGUAACUGGUUGCGGUGAGUCAGAAAAACUUUUAUGUCACCGCGGCUGCUGUUACUAUUUUGGACCAUAAUUUAAAAUCAUGUAUAAGCCAAUGGACAUAUGUUUCAUUUCACUCUGUUCUGAAUUCGGUUCCUUUUGACGACAGUUACAUAACGCCUAUAGACUAUAUGGGCACAUGACA